AUGUAUGUUAAACUAAAAGUUGAGUAUGGUGGAACCAAGAAGCCGCUGAAAACACCUAAAGAGGAGGGAACAUCUUCUAAUCAGCAAGCUGGAACUGUGAAAGCAACAGCUCCGGCCGCCCCUAAAGUUAACCCUAAGAAGAAUAAAGGGGGGAAAGUGGUUUCUAUGGCAGAAGCAGCUAAAGGAUCUAUAGUGUUUCAGCAAGGGAAACCGUGUGCUUGCCAAGUUCGUAGGCAUAUAUUAGUGAGCAACUGCUUGUCCUGUGGGAAAAUAGUGUGUGAGCAAGAAGAAGAAGAGCCUUGCAGUUACUGCAGAGCACUUGUGCUUAAAGAAGAAAGUACAUACGCUGGCCUAGAGGAAGGGUUUCCUCCAAUAUCUAAUGCUGAUGUUGAAGCUGUAUGCCAAAAGGCUUGUAAGAGUGAUUACUAUGAAAGUGAGGAUAGUAAAUGGGUUUCUCAAGAGGAGAAAGAGCUAUUGAGGAAGAAGCGAGAGGAAAUUGAAGAAGCUGAACGAGCCAAAAAGAGCAAAGUGGUACUAUUGAACGAAGAUGAUAUAUCAGAACUAGAAUCAGGGAACAGGAUCCUGGGACCACCCGAGACUACUAGAACCGUGAACAGAAUAAAAUCGAAUCCAACUGCAAAACUCAUUCCAAUCUUCUUAGAUUUUGGACCAACCGAGAAGAAGACAAACAUUGGUAUUUCCUCCUCUAAGAGAGACAACAAGAAAAACAGGAACUGGUUGUGUUUGGAGAUCACGGGAAGAGUACAGCAUGACAUGAGCGAACUAAAGUACUUACAAGCCGAUCCAUCAUCAGUGAUUGAUGGGCUUCAUGUAUAA